AUGCAUAUCCUCGUCACGAAUGACGAUGGGCCGCCAUCACCACACUCCUCUCCCUACGUUCACUGUCUCAUUCAACAGCUCCAACAAGCCGGCCACACCGUCUCAGUCUGCUUGCCUCAUACCCAGAGAUCAUGGAUCGGCAAGGCACAUAUGAUUGGGCAGACUCUCAAGCCUCUGUACUACCGCCCUUCAAAAGUUAUCCACGGUGAGGACUCUCCGGGCACUACCCAUCAUCGACCCUCCCCCUCAGGAGAUGUCGAGGAAUGGAUUUUGAUUGAUGGAACGCCGGCUUCCUGCGUUCAGAUUGGUCUUCAUCAUUUUUUCCAAGACCGAGGCCCUAUCGACCUUGUUGUUAGUGGGCCUAACUACGGCAGAAACACCACAGCAGUCUUUGCCCUUAGCUCGGGGACGCUGGGUGCUGCUCUAGAGGCCGCUGUCUGCCAGAAGAAAUCCAUUGCUCUGAGCUUCGCCUUCUUCACUCGAAACCAUGAUCCAGUUAUCAUCGAGGCAGCUUGCCGGCGCAGCGUUAAGGUCAUCGAAACACUUUACAAUCAGUGGCCUACAGAUGGCAGUGCAGACCUCUACAGCGUUAAUGUGCCCUUGGUAGAGGGGCUGGAGAACAACAAAGCUAUAUGGACCAACGUUUUGCAGAACUACUGGAGAGAAGGCGGCUGCUUCCAGGAGAUCGAAGGUGAGGCAGGAGACGAGAACGAAGAAGAGGAGAGGAUACGUGAGGGUGUCGGGGGUGAGGUUGAUGAUGCGGCCCGGCCUAGCUCACGAAAAGGGCACACACAUAAGCACUUCAAGUGGGCGCCAAAGUUCACUGAUGUUUACAAGAGUGUGGAAGAGUCGAGCCCUGGCAACGACGGAUGGACUGUAAAGGAGGGAUUGACAAGCAUCACACCUCUCAAGGCAAACUUCAUGCAUGGUCCUGGAGAAUGGAACCAGCAGGAACUCAAACUGGACUCAGGUUCAGAGGCAAACCAAAUCAAGCCAGAGGUGGCAUUGAGGCAAAAGAGCCUCGCAAUCCAAGCUGUCAUCUCCUACGAAGACUCUUACGUACAACCACUCAUUCUCUCCGCCCUCAACUCACUGUUCCCUGAAGGCAUAUUCAAUGUGAUCACUGAAGUACCGGAGUCUGAGGAGCCAGCUCUUGCGAAAAUCGUCCCCUCAGAAGGAAAUAUUUUACAGAUAGUGGCGUACGAGGCCAUCGACUUUGAGUAUGCCGCUAGCCAUGAGCGUACGACUCUUGUCAAUAGCUAUAUGAUCCGAAAGGCUCUGAUCCGAAAACACUUUCUGUCCACUACCGUCGAUCACUGGGUCGCAAAGCACCCCGAGUCUGCCUUGGGAUCUCACGUCAAGCGCAGUGAAGCAUUCGAAGUCGACUUCGCCGAGUUUCUAGACGAUGCUCUCGUGGAAGCCUUUGAUCUCCGAGAGAGUAUGGAACGCAACGAACAACAGCCCAAUCCUAAGGAUAAGGAGUGGUGGAUCUUGAAGCCAGGAAUGAGUGAUCGAGGCCAAGGUAUCCGGCUCUUCAGCUCCAUGGAUGAGCUUCAGAACAUCUUUGACAUCUGGGAGGAGGACCAGCCUGACACAGAUGACGAAGAGGAGGAUGUUGCUGGGCAGGAUGAUGGCGACAACAUUAUGACCUCGCAUCUGCGACACUUUGUUGCGCAGCCGUAUAUUCACCCGCCCCUUCUUGUCGACGACGAGAAGCGCAAGUUCCACAUUCGCACCUACGUGAUGUGCACAGGAAGCCUCGAUGUCUGGGUCUACAAACACAUGCUGGCACUCUUUGCUGGAAAGCCCUAUGCUGCGCCGGCAGAUGCACCGGAGGAUAUCGAGUCUUUCCUUACAAAUACAUGUCUUCAAGAUUCACCGAACGAAAACACUGUGCGCCGUUUCUGGGACUUGCCCCUGUCAGGCGAUAUGCGCGAUGAUAUUUUCCACCAGAUUUGCGAGGUAACUGGAGAGAUCUUCGAGGCUGCAGCAAAGGCUAUGCCUAUCCACUUCCAGGCGCUGCCCAAUGCCUUCGAAGUGUAUGGCCUAGAUUUUCUUGUGGAUGCCCAAGGAACUGCUUGGCUGCUUGAGAUUAAUGCUUUCCCCGACUUUAAGCAGACUGGGGGCGACUUGAAGGAGAUUGUGUCUGGGUUCUGGAAGGGCGUGCUGAGACAUGGAGUUGCACCCUUCUUUGGAGUUGAGAAUUCGAUCAAGGACCAAGAGGGUGCCGAGGACAUGGUCCCUGUCCGUAAGGUGGAUUUGGGACGACGAUAA